UUAUAUAGAAGUAACUAAGAAAGUAGUUGUGAGUAAAUUAAAUGGUUAAGUCCUUGAGUAAUCAAUAAAAGUUAAGUAGUUAGAAAAAGUGAUGAACAAAAAGAUGAAAGCAUCAGUAAGCUCAAUAGUCAUCACAUUUUGCAUCAUUGGUGCCUUGUCGGAAGCAAAGCCAGCAGGUAGAGUAAAUGCAUCACUCUUGAAGCACCACAGAAACAGAACCCGAACGGAGCCGCAGCCGCAGCCGCAGCCGAAUAGGCGUGGUGGUGGUGGGUGCAUUUACUCACUGACCAUCAGCACAAGCUGCGAUUCGCCGACGUAUACGAGGGAUUCAAUCAGCCUUAGAUUACGCGACGCUGAUGGGAAUGGAGUAUACGUUGCAACGCUGGAGGAUCCAUCGUCAGGGAGGUUCAGUAGGUGCAGAAAGGACAGAGUAGACUUGUACGGGGGGCCAUGUAUCAAGCAGGUGUGCUACGUAGAACUGUACAGAGAUGGAGUUGAUGGCUGGAUUCCAGAAACACUCACCGUAUCCGGAUACAGAGCGCCUCCCAUGACCUUUCACUUUCACAACUUCAUUCCACGCGGUGUUUGGACUCAAGUUAACAAGUGUAGUCCUUAUAAUAAUAAUUACUAACACAAUAACCUUCUCACUUUUUGACUUUUUUGUCAUUUAUAUGGCGAUAAAUCCACUUUGCUCGUGCACUGCAUUUUCA